UACGAGUGGCCUAACCACUGGAGACAGGAACACCAACCCAAAUAACUUGGUUCUCGUCUCUCCUUCUUAAAUUCUCUUUCUUUUUUUUCCCAUCUUUUUUUUAUAACUACCUUCGUUUUGGUUCUAACUUCAACUACUUGAGUUGUGUUGUGUUUACUUCUUCUGCUCUGUCACUUCUCUACAUCCCUAUAUGUCUCUCUGAUUUGAAAGAAAAGAAGAAACAAAAAACAAAAAUAAAAUAUAAACACCCACAUUACAUCACAUUCUCUUACACAAUGUCAGCAUUUUAGCAUUUACAACACAACCCACAUCUCAUUCAAAGAAAAAAAAAACACAUUCUUUCUAUCUGCUCUUCUGCUACCCUAUCAUCAACUCGGCCUCCAACAUGUCUUCGAAAACCAGAUCUGGUUUGUCUGAAACUCCUAGCAAACCAUCACCAGCAACUCCUAGAGUUAGUAAACUGAGCCGAGGAGUGGCUAAAUCAGAGUCUGAUUCACCAUCGCCCUUGCAAAGUUCACGUCUUUCAGUUGACCGAUCACCGCGAUCCAUUAACUCAAAGCCCACAAUUGAUCGACGGGCACCAAAGGUCACUACUGCUACACCCCCUGAAAAACCAAAGACACGAGUGGUGAAGGGUUCAGAGUUGCAGGCUCAAUUGAAUGCUGUUCAGGAAGAUUUAAAGAAAGCAAGGGAACAGAUAGAAUUUAUUGAAAAAGAGAGGGCACAAGCAAUUGAUGAACUGAAACAGGCACAGAAAGCUGCUGAGGAUGCAAAUGAGAAGCUUCAAGAAGCUUUGGUGGCGCAAAAGCGAGCCGAGGAGAAUUCUGAGAUUGAGAAGUUCCGAGCUGUUGAGUUGGAACAGGCUGGGAUUGAGGAUGCCCAGAAGAAGGAAGAGGAAUGGCAGAAAGAGCUUGAAGCUGUAAGAAGCCAACAUGCUUUGGAUGUUACCGCCCUUCUCUCUACCACUCAGGAGCUUCAAAGGUUGAAACAAGAACUGGCUAUGAUUACUGAUGCAAAGAACCAGGCACUGAGCCACGCUGAUGACGCAACUAAGAUUGCUGAGAUUCAUGCAGAGAAGGUGGAGAUGCUUUCAUCUGAGUUGACCCGGUUGAAUGUAUUACUUGAUUCAAAGCUUGAAACAGAGGCCAUUGAAAGCAACAAGAUAGUGUUGCAGCUUAAUGAGGAGAUAGAUUCAUUGAAACAACAGCUUGAGAAAUCUGAAGAUUUUGAGGAUAAGUUGAUUGAAAGAGAGGCUUUCAUAGAACAGCUCAAUGUUGAGCUUGAAGCUGCCAAGAUGGCCGAAUCUUAUGCAUGUAACUUAGUAGAGGAGUGGAAAAACAGGGUUGAGGAACUAGAGAUGCAAGCUGAGGAAGCAAAUAAGUUGGAGAGAUCUGCAUCGGAGUCAUUAGGUUCAGUCAUGAAACAACUUGAAGCAAACAAUGAUUUAUUGCAUGAUGCGGAAACUGAAAUUGCUGCUCUUAAAGAGAAGGUUGGGUUGCUGGAAAUGACAAUUAGAAGACAGAAAGGGGAUCUUGAAGAAUCAGAACAUUCUCUUGGCAUGGUAAAGGAAGAAGCAUCGGUCAUGGUAAAAAAGGUCGAGUCUCUGAUGUCUGAGUUGGAAACUGUGAAGGAGGAGAAAGCCCAGGCUUUGAACAAUGAGAAGCUUGCAGCUUCUAGUGUUCAAAGUCUGUUAGAAGAGAAAAACAAACUUAUAACUGAGUUGGAGAAUUCCAGAGAUGAGGAGGAAAAGAGCAAGAAGGCAAUGGAGAGUUUAGCUUCAGCCUUACAUGAAGUUUCUGCGGAAGCAAGGGAAGCCAAAGAAAGGCUGGUAUCCAAUCAAGUGGAGCAUGAAAACUAUGAAACCCAAAUAGAAGACUUGAGAUUGGUCCUAAAGGCAACUAAUGAAAAAUAUGAAACUGUGCUUGAUGAUGCAAAACAUGAGAUUGAUCUUCUUAGAAACACUGUUGAAGAAUCCAAGAAUCAAUUUCAGAACUCCAAGGCUGAAUGGGAUCAAAAAGAAAAAAAUCUGGGGAAUUAUUUAAGGAAAUCAGAAGAAGAAAAUUCCUCGCUGGAAAAAGAAAUAGAUAGGUUAGUGAAUUUGCUGACACACACUGAGGAAGAAGCUUGUGGAAUGAGGGAUGAAGAAGCUCAUUUGAAGGAUAGCCUGAAGGAAGUAGAAGCUGAGGUGAUUUCUUUGCAGGAAGCUCUUGGGGAAGCAAGGGUUGAGAGCAUGAAACUAAAAGAGAGUUUAUUGGACAAAGAAAAUGAGUUUCAGAACAUUUUUCAGGAAAAUGAAGAGCUCCGGACUAAGGAAGCUUCCUUGCAUAAGAAGGUCGAGGAGUUAUCUAAGUUGCUUGAGGAAGCUAUGGCUAAAAAGCAAGUGGAGGAAAAUGGUGAGCUCACAGAUAGUGAAAAGGACUAUGAUUUGCUUCCAAAGGUGGUUGAGUUCUCUGAAGAAAAUGGACAUGUGAGAGAAGAGAAGCCCACAAUGGAGCUUCCACUACAGCUAUCCAAUGAGCUGAACACGGAAAAUGCACAGGAACAGAUUAAUGGCGCGACAAACAAGGCUGCUCAGAUGGAUGCACACAAACUUGAGAAUGUGAAUGGAAAUCCAAAGGAAGAUGAGAGCAAAGAGAAGGAGGAUGAUUCUGUGGAGGUUGAAUUUAAGAUGUGGGAGAGCUGCAAGAUUGAAAAGAAAGAGUUUUCACCAGAAAGAGAAACAGAGCACGAAUCCUCCUUCGAGGACGAAGCGGACUCCAAGGUGGAUGGUGGUGAGAGCUUUGAUCAAAUAAAUGGUUUAUCUUCAACAGAGAAUGUUGAUGAUGGUGGAAGCUCGCCUUCAAAGCAGCAGCAACAGAAGAAGAAGAAGCCUUUGCUCCGCAAGUUUAGUAACCUACUCAAGAAGAAGGGAACUAGCAACCAGAAGUAGGGGGGCGGUAACCAGUUAUGGCCUGACAAGUGCCCUAUUUAGCAGGCAGGUAUAUUUGAUAAUAUCCUUCAACUGAUUGUUUACUUUGUUGUUUUUGCUUCUGAUUUUCAGAUAGGUUUAUAAGGAAGAGGUUUGUAUUAUCAUUUGUUUUUCCCUCAUUUGAUUUGAUUACACGUAGGGGUGUAUCUUGCAUGUCAUGGAGAUUUUUUCUUUCCCCUUGCCCUUGUCUAAAUUCAUGCAAAGGAGUGGUGUAUAAUUGUAUUUUAAUGUGCUUUCGUGAUUUUACAUUAAAAAAGUUUAUUGUUAA